AUGCCGCCAGCGCCGCACACGACCACGAGGGCGACACGCUCGCGCUUCUCCAGUCCCCUGCAUAGCGGAGUGGCGGAUGCGGCAGCGGGCAGUGGGAGCAGCAUUGGCCGCCAGGCUGGCAGCGGGAGCACGCCAGCAUCGAGCACCACUGCUGGCAGCAGCAACAAUGGUGUGACCAACGCUCAAAGAGCCAUGAUGGCGCGCUGGCUGGAGCCACCCGUGCAGAGCAAGUCCAGUUUCGAAGAGGCUGGUUUUCAAAGACACGGCGUGUUUGAAGGCAUGGCACCGCUAGGCACACUGCCAAAGGCUGCGAACGUGGCGAAGCGCAUCAGCGGUCUCCCCGAGGAGAAGCUGUUUCACGAGGGAUCGCCCCUGGGCCGCCAAACCGUGAAGCAGCAACAAAAGCGGAAAGAGCAGCAAGGGCAGCAGGGUCGGCGAGCUGGACAGCAGGGGCCGGAUGACAACGACGACGGUGAAUCGCCGAGAGAACUGCCAACAGUGGAAACCGACACCCAAGAGCAGGAUGUGACCGGGACGCAGCACCAGGAGCAUGGCGAGGAUGCAAAACCCCAGGAACGACAGCCAAUCUCCACUUUGAAUUCCAAAAAAAUCAUCCUGAAGCGGCCAAAUGCUGGAAAGCAUGUCCCGACACGCAUCAUCGUGGCACCGAAACGGUCGACCCGGUCAGGGCCUCAAAGUGCCACGAGCGACGUUGCCGACAGAGAGGAUGCACAACAAGAGUCUGGACCGAACAUGCCCUCCACACCCAUCACGCCAACGACACCGAGCACACGGCGAAGCAUCAUAUUUCGGCCUGCUCCCGGAAACUCAAAACGUCAGGCGCGUGCAUCGACAAGGCAGCAAGAGAAGCAGCGGCGGAAAAGCCAGGAAGCCACGGACGAGGCGGCCGACGACGCUGACCAAAGCGACCAAGAGACUGCUGGAGGCCCUGAUGCUGUGAUAACAGCGGACGUUGACGCAGGUGACCAGGUCCUUGCCAAUGAGAGCGCUGAACUCCAAUCUGAGAAACCAGUGCUCGAGACGCCAAAACCGGCGAAGCGGCCCGUCGGCCGGCCAAAGUCCAGAAGAUCGCUGGCCGCCGAGCAACGUGCGCUGAAGCAGAAGGAGGCGGCCGAGGCAGAGGCAGAACGUAUCGUCGCCGCCGAAGCCGAGGCGCAAAUCGAAGCGGAGGCUCCCCCAGUAUUGAACCCUGUAGCCACAGCUGCUCCGACCCGUCCCGAGAACGGUCAAGAGGCAGACACGGAAGGUGACGUACGUGACUCGGAUGGCGACUCGGAUGGCGACUCGUUCGACUCACAGGACGAGGACAACGAUGGAUACGGCGGCAAGCCUUUUGGAUUCGACUCUAGUUUCUUGCCACUCAAAACACCAUAUGGGCUACAGCGGCCACGCUCUGACAGCAACGCUACGGAAGUCAACAGGGAAGUCACUGAUAAGGUUGUUGACCUUGCUGUUGAAGAAGCGGUGCGUCACUUCCGCUAUCCUACUGCCUGGGCUCUGCGGACACUCUACGACGAGCAGGCGGGAAACCAGACCUUUUUGACCAUGGUGGAGGACGUUUUUCAGCAGACGGCCGACCGCGAAGCCGUCAACACCUUUGCUCGUAUGGUCCACGAGAAGAAGAAAGAAGGAAAGAAGGACAACAAAGGAUGUAAACACUUUGUCCCGCCAGGGACUGACAUCAACAUUGCCGCUCACAAACCCAUUCCGGCUCCCUACGCCGACCUCAUCACCAUGGACCUUCCGCAGUUCACGACCGACGUUUCGGGCAACAUUGUUGACAGCACGACGGACGAUACUGCGCAUGCAAGAAAGAGAGUGAAGCUUACGGACGAGGACAGCGAACUUGUGGUCACUCCGCCCGCACCGGCAACGGUUUCCAUGCACACAUUCGCUCCCCCACAGCCCUCUGUGGCUUCGGACGCCAGCCAUCGUGAAACGGAGCAACCCGCCUCUGCUUCCAAGAAGGGUAGUGCCAAGGCCAAGACGCCUCUUCAAUCGCCAAGGGCAUCAAAGACUCCGGCAGCUUUGUCUGCUUCUGCCACGCCCAAGACGCCCACGAAGACACCCCGCGGACGGCCUGGUAGACCCCCGGGCAGCAAGAACAAAACUCUUGCCGAGAAAGCCGCCAGUGCUCAGAAGAAGCAACCUGUUCCCAAGAUCGAAGAGGAUGCGACGAUGACGACGCCUCCACCGUUCGCUCAAGGGAUUGAUGCGGCUCCAUCUACGCCUCCAACAAUCCGACGCCAUUUGCGGGCAGACUCGGUGGCAUCAUCACUCUCACCCGCUCUGUCCAUCUCACCGCCCAGCAAGAAUGCCAGGGGACUUGACGUCGACGAUGAAACAAUCAGUGACAAGGACAACGACGUGGCCAUGCGUGAUGCAACUGGCGGUGCCGUGACUAGUAUUGGGUGGACAGCCGAGACUGUGAAGCCAGGACACACGAAGACGAUUCUAAGGAAUCAUCUGUUUCUCAAUCCAAGCGAGGUGGAGGGGGUGCGGAUCGCCGUCGUGGAGGACCAGGAUCAGGCAGAGCAACCGAAACGGACUUCUGCUGCGGCGGCUGCAGCGGCCAUUUCAGCAUCAGCAAAAGACGAAAUGCCCGCUGCUGUCGAGGAUCACAUUUCUGUGCGCCCCGUUUCUGUCGCGAAACGCGCGCAAAAUGGCAACGGCAAGAGCAGAAACAGCACUGCAGCUCUGCCAUCACCAGCCAUGAACAGCACCGAUGCCGCUCCCAAUUCUCUUGGUAAGAGCGAGUCGGAUGAGGCUGGAGAGGAGCGCCUGGCCCGAUUGCGACGCGAGGCACGUGGCGUCACCAACAGUAUUGGUGUUGCCCCUGAAAGCUUCACACGGGGAAGUGCUGCCCUUCUUUCUACGGGUGCGGCGUCCUCAUCCCGGCCUACUUCAGCGUCACGAAGCAGACGUGGCUCCGUUCCCGACGCGGCGAGCCACCAGCCGCUGCUGGAGACGCCACAGCCGCAACGACAACGGCAGCUGCGCGCUUCCACGACGGCCACGCGCACGACGCGGUCGGCCCGCAAGCGCGCAUUCGAUGAGGUAGACGAAGACCUGUCUCCCAGGAGCGGCAGCUUUCCCUCCGACGACUUGCCGUCGACGCGACUGCAGACGCCUGUGCCGACGCAACAAGUCGCCGCGGUAAAUGAGUCGAAUGGCAACUCACGCGCUGGCACGCCUGGACCGAAGUCCAAGAAGCCGCGCGUCGGACUUCGCGUCAAGUCAUCUUGUCGCCUCGAGCGUCUCACCCGAUGA